CUAAGCUUAGCAGACGUGCACUGAAGUACUCGACUAACAACGGAAUCGUUGAAAGAAAAUCGGUAAAACCUGAGUGCUUAAAGCCCAACACUAAAGCCACUGAGUGGUACGCUCGGGUGCAACUUCACCAAGCUGCAGUCCCUGAGACCCUUCAGGACGCGUCCACACUCAGGACAGCGACCAGCCGCACCCGUCGGUCCGGCACAUCUCCGCUCCUACCGGCAGAGCAGCUCGUGUCGGGUCAGGGAGAGCCAUGGUCCCCAGCUCCGCCGGCCGGCGAUGGCGAUAGCGGGGCGGUGUCGAAUCCCGCUCCUGCUGUCCCUCCAGCUGACCCUCCUGCUGACCGCAGCGAACGUCAGCGGCCUCCCUGAGUGGCACUACCAGCGCCAUGUGGACAUGUACCGCGCCCGGUACCACCAGCGGACCACCACCCCGCCAUGGUCGGAUACGGAAGGAUUCCGUGGCAGCUCCAGGUAUCACCUGCCGCAGCGCAGAGUUACGCCACCACACCUCAGCAGCGGCAGCCCGGCGGAGACGAGCGAAGGACAGAAUCACCGCUACAGCGCCUCACAGGGAUCACAGCGAUGGAAGCCACACGAGAGCAGGGCCAGGUGGCGGCGGCAGCGACCGCACCCAUCCCACCACCGGCAUUACCACGAGCGGAACCCUGCUCACUACAUACGAGACCAGCAAGUCUCCAGCAGUCGUCGGGCUGACACAGAGCCCGUGUGGCUGGAGGACACUGUCCCGUCCCAGGACAGCGAGCCAGCCCCAGAGUACCUCCAGAGGCCGCAUAGCGCGGCGGAGAGCACUGGCACCCAGCACAACCGCCUGCUCAAUGGCGAGAUCUCGGUGGAAAUUGGUCAGAGUAGUCGGAAUUUUAGCGUCAGAGACGGUGUAGUGAUCGGAGCUGAGCAUGUAAAACUGUGGCGAAUCAGCGGCAGCGACACCGCGGAACUCAGUGAGAAAGGCGGGCGGCUGUGGACCAACAAUGGAACGGCAUUAUUUAGACGAGAUGACUUUAGUGAUGGUGGAGUGAUAAGCAAUGAAAUCGGCGAUUACAGCUCGCAAGACAAGGAAAAGGAGCCGAAAUUUUUUUUCCCUCUCUUCACGAUAAUUCGGUUCCCGAACGAGCCGUGCUCGAGCGACCAGCAGGACGGCUUCACGGCCUCGGGCACCUGCUUCCUGCCCAGCGAGUGUGCCGGCAACGGCGGUCUGGCGCGCGGCCCCUGCGCCCUGGGCUUCGGCGUGUGUUGUGUCUUUACGCUCUCCUGCGGAGGAACGACCGAUAAGAAUGGCACGUUCUUCGUCAACCCAGAGUACCCGAGCACCGGCACUACGGCACGGACGUGCUCCUUCAGCGUGAAUAAAAUCUCACCGGACGUCUCCCAGAUUCGGCUGGAUUUCGAGGAAUUCACGCUGGCGGGCCCGACGGAGGGCUCCUGUAACACGGAUACGUUCAGUGUCAGCGGGCAGAACACCAACGCGCCGGUGCCGACCCUGUGCGGCCAGAACACCGGACAGCACGUGUUCGUGGAGGUGGGUGAACAGACCGGCCCCCUGCAGCUGCGCGUGGUGACCGGAGCAGGCGGCUCGGAGCGCCGGUGGCGAGUGCGUGUCACGCAGCUAACCCGUCGCUCGGAGGGCGCCGCGCCACCCAACUGUCUGCAGUACCACACCGGCCAGCUGGGCAGCAUCGAGAGCUUCAACUACCCGGCCGUGGGAGACAACAGCGGGUAUCUGAAUCAGCUCAACUACAUGAUCUGCAUACGGAAAGAGUCUGGAUUCUGCAGCAUCACCUAUGGCGUCGAUCGGUUCGAUCAGUUCAGCAACGCAGAGCGGUUCGAAAUCUUCAACGUCAGAAUCUCCGUGAUAAACGGUGUGACCGUGGUGCGGUCAACCGUGCCUCCCGGCCAGGCGGGCGUGGGGCCGGUCCAGUGUCCUGACGACUACCUGCUGCUCAGCGCUGACCGGCUGUGUGGAGACAGACUCAACGACGGGACCGUCAAUAGCCAGCUCACGCAGAACGCUGACGUCACCGAUGCCACUGGAGGCCAGUUCACGGUCAAGUUCGUCACCAACGAGUCGACCGUCGGGCGCGGAUUCAAGCUGUACUUCCGACAGAACCCGUGCCGGACACAGAGAACGUACACCGUCGCCACAGUCGCCGGGAGGUGAAGUGGCUGGAAAACGCUCGUCCCAGACAUUUGCGGACAACGCAAUUGGUGGUGCCACCUGAAAAUGCGAGAAAUGUUCGGAAAAACGACGAAUUCCCUAAACUGAGGCAUAAAGAGCGGUAGUGUAAAUGUUGUUAUGACUGGAUACUGAAUGUAUAGAUUGCGACGAACGAGUGUGACCGUACCAGUGCGCAGCAGCAGCCAAAAGUCAGCACCACCCAACACCCUGUCUCCACCAAGGGUAUAAAGACACUGAAGUUUCAAAAGAGGCUGUUCAGUUGCCUGACUUGGUGUUGGUGAAUUAGGAACCAAAGGCUGAAAAUCAAAAUGCUGUUAGAAAGUGAAAUGACUGAUGCUUGUACCUAACUAAGUGUUUUAUUUAU